AUGAGAGUGUCUUUGGCAUUGGCUGAAUAUUUAAAAUCAACGAUUGCGCUGCGACAUCUCGAGCUUAUCGUGGUGCGGGACAUCGUGGUCGAUGCCGAGGGAGCAAGCCCGUGUUGGUCAGUCAUACACGAGUCCCUGUCCCGAAACAAUAGCCUGAGGUAUCUGAAGGCUUCAGUGUUUAAUUACAGCCCGCAAGACAUCGAGGACUUGGCCGACGCAGUCAAACGAAGUCAGAGCAUCACAGGGGUCAAGUUUAUCAACAAGACCACGAGAAACUCCACCAUCUUCGUACGAUGCCUUUCAAAGGGCAUUGAAGACAACUGCACGCUGCUGAGCGUGUCUUCCUGGUGCAGCAUAGACACGGAUGCCGCUGGACACUGGUUCACUAUCUGCGAGACGACGCGGAGGAACGCGGGUCUUGUCGCAAGGGCAGCUCGAUUUAUGAAGGCUUCACAUUUGGACAGGUACGUCUCCGGGGCUCUGGAGCGUGUCUCCCGGUACCCUGCGCUACUGGACGAGGUUGCUGAGCAGGCCCACAUCGACAAAUCAGAAAUCGUCGACUUGGUGCGAGACCGCCUGAAGAGAACGGAAUCCUUGGACGGAUUCAUGCGGGUCGUCGGAGUCGUCAGGGAGCGAGUCAUCUGCCAUCCACCCAACGACGGCCGUAUGCAGCUGGACGACCUGAUCGAGGACUGCUGGAGACACGUGCGACGUUACCUCCUGAUAGACGACGUCAAGCAUAGCAUUAGGCAUGUAGAAAAUAUCUGAGCACAGGGGAAGCUUGCGUCAACGACCCAUGGGCUGUACCUUCGGCAUGGUGCUCUGUUUUAUGUUAGCCAGUUUCAAAGUGUGAACUAGUGCGCGUAUACGUGUUACCAUAAUGCGCAACUGCGGUCGAGUUUGUCGGCAGUAUUGCGCCAUCCGUAGCAGUCACAUCGCUCAUUUAGAACUGGCCGAAGUGUAAUGAUCGGAGAUCAGUCAGCAGCUUUGAUUUUAGUCUGCGCAUACGUGGUUUUUGCCAUGAGUGGUCUGGACCGUUGAAAGAAAUUGGUCGCGUUUUGUUCCUCAGGAAUGACGGGUAUCUGUAUUGCGAUGGCAGAUAUCUAAGACAUGGAAAUCUGUACAGAACAAAAUGCGUGGCGGCGGCGACCUCACUGCUGCAUAGGGGUUCAACUCUAUGCGAUGGUCACUGGUGCAAGAAAAAGUCAAUGCCGACGUAAAUGUUUUCAUUGAUGUUUGCAUACGAGUAAACAUUCGUAAAACUGAUCAGGAAUGAACAAAGAGGGCACAGCUCUCUUAUGUGGUACUGUAUUUUGCAACUUUUCAUCCUUGUUUUCCUUGAAAUGAAUUGCUUCAUUUGUGACUUCUCAGUUAUCCAUCUCAGCAUGAUUCCUACUACUGAGGUGGGGGCGCAGUUGCAUAACAGUAAUAAUUAAUAUAUACCUGUAGACUUGUUGGCUU